CUUGACAAUUUGAGUGUGGAUCUGUUCGUAUGAAUAUUUACCUAUUAGCUUUUAAAUUUGUGGAUGGACUUUUUUUUAUAUUAAUUGAAAUAGUGAAAGUUCAGAAUGUUAUUUUCCAUUAGGUGACAAAAUGUUAACAUCAGAAUUUCUGUUAGAACUUAUUAUUAUAGGUGCCAAAUUGUGUUUCUUUUGCUCAUAUAAUGCCCCUUCAUCAUAGUAAAAUGUGUGAACGAGAAAAUUAUGCCGACGAAGUGGACAGAUUACCUUCAAAAGAUAGGGCCACUUACUGUGAUAUAUUUGGAUUUAUUAUUUCAAUUAUAAGUCAUAUUGUUGAUAUAGGAUUGGAUUGCAAUCUAGCUUAUACUUACUACCGAAGUAAUCAAAUGCCAUAUUUUUUCGCCACAGUGGGUUUUAUUGCAGUGCCUGCUUUAAUAAAUACAGCAUUCAGUGUUCGAAUGUAUGUCUUAGACCAAAGUAAUAGUGCAAAUAAUUUAACAACGAAAUUUACAAAGAGGUCUAUUUGUUGGUUAUUAGUACUGGUGUUUCAACUUGCUCCAGUUUUAAGAUACUUUGAUGCAUUGUUUUAUGCUUUGAAAUCAAAAGAAGCUGAAAAGAAAAAUGAUACACAAAAUCAAAGGAGAUAUUACGAAUUGAUGGUGAAAGAAGAUUCUGAUGUGGCCCUGUUGAGAGUGUUGGAAUGUUUCCUUGAAGCAGCCCCACAACAAAUUUUACAACUAACCAUAAUUUUCUAUACACAUGGACAAGGCAUUAAUACCCUUACUUUUGUUCAUCAAGUUUUGUCAAUAGGAAGUUCUUUUGGAAGUAUGGGUUGGUCUAUGGCCUCUUAUCAAAGGUUGUUAAGAGUUUCAUUAAAAGACAAAGGAAAUAUAAGUAUACUAGGGACUAUUAUGCAAUUUGUAUGGCAUUUUUUGGUAACAGUGUCCAGAAUUUUGUGUAUAAGUGUAAUAGCAUCAAUUCUUCCAGAAAUUACGAUCCUCUGUCUCUUUCUGCACUGGUUAAUCAUGACAAUAUGGUUGCAUUUGUUAACUACGGAAAGAAAUUUUUGUGAUAGCAAACUGGGCGAGUCGAUUUUCUACGCAAUUUUCGGGUUUGUGUACAUAUUCACGCAUAUAAGUCUGAACCAAGGUAGAACACUGUAUAGGUACGUUUUUUUCUAUACAAUUCUCUUUAUUGAGAAUACGAUUGCUACUUUCGUAUGGUACACAAAGGCAGAUCUUGAGGUCCAACAAAGUUUAUAUUAUAAACCAAUUUUUUAUCUUACCAUCUUCCCAUUUCUUUUGGGGCUGGUCUUCAUGGUGCUAUAUUAUAAAUGUUUUCAUCCAAAUAUUGGUUACAUUUGUACACACAAGUAUUGAAAAAGUGAUACGAAUUUAGUUUCAUUUUUUUUUUAUUUAGAAGUUCUUCCAAAAUGACAGUAAGUCUUCUAGAAAAGUGUUCCUUGUAGGGCAAACGUUUUUAAAUUAAUUUCAAGUGUAGUAUUGCCUACUAUCAACAGUAGUUUAUUUUUACCAUUUAUCUUGCUCUUAUAUAAUGUAUAUGUUUUCUAAAAACAUAGCAAACAUGUUUGCUAUUUUCUGUUAAUAACAAUAAAAAAAAGUGGCCUAAAUACUCAGGAAUAACACAUGUUUUUCAUAAAUUUUUCAUGACAAUAUCAUUUUAUAAUACAUAUGUAUGUAUUUAUGCUGUAUUUUAAACAAAAAUAUUAAGCACUGUUAGAUUGAUUAAAACGAAAUGAAAAGACUGGAUUUUCGAUUAUCAUAUUACAAACUGUCGAUUUGCUCAUUUGAUAGUUUAAAUUUUAUUGAUUCCCUUCCCGGUCUGUCUACCUUAUAAUUGUAAUAGUAGAAUAACUGCUUUCGGUUUGUGAUGUAGUAGCUUAAAGAAAUCUUCCAGCAAUUUACAGUUUUGGUUUAUGAGCAGUGUAAAGCUCCAAUAAUGUUCGGUAUGAUAGUUUUAUGUUAUCACUUAAUCAAUUAAGGAACUGUACUGCCAUCAAAUUAGAUUUCAGUAAGUAAUAGUAGCUAUGGAAUAUCACACAUAGAAUUGAAUAAUAAUUUAGUGAUUUAAUUUUCUGUUUUUAAUUGAUCAUUCUUUGAUUUGUUCCUUUACUAUUUUGUCGUUUUCUUUACAUUGACUGUAGGAAAUAAAUUAUAACUUUUUAUAUUUUUUUAUUAGUAAAUAUUUAUGAUAUUUAUUUUCUAGUCGACUUUAAUACGUUUGUGAUUUCUGGUUCAGUUUCUUGUUUAAAUGUAAUAAAAAUAGUAGAUUUGGAAUGCUUAAGUGCUUAGUGAUAUACAUAUACAUAAAUAAUAUUAGUAAUUGUAGGUAUUUAUUUCUUGCUAAAUCAAAUAUUUGUAAAUUAGUAAAUUUUAAUUAAUUUAUUUA